AUGGCGUCCAAGCCAAAGAUCUCCUUUGGCCUCAAGAAGGUCGAGGCGCCCAGCAAGCCCCAGCCGCUCGCUACAGCGUCCAAGCUCUCGCUGGGAGAUGACGAGGACGAGGACGAUGUUGCGAAAGAUCCUAGUCAAGGGCCGCGGGGCAGCAGGACUGGCCCGCCUGCCUCGAGGGCCUCGAAGCAGAAGCAACAGCAGGCCUUCGAGCUCGACUCGGCCGUCUUUGACUACGACGGCGUCUACGACCGCAUGAAGGCUGCCGAGCGCGAGACGGCGCGGCAGAAGCAGCAGGACAACCAGAAGCGCGAUCCAAAGUACAUGGACGCCUUUCUCAAGUCGACUGAGGACAGGAAGCGGUACCUGGCGCGGGCCGAAGCGAAGAAGAUCCAGCGGGAGCGCGACAUGGAGGGCGACGAGUUUGCCGGGACCGAGGCGUUUGUCACGGACGCAUACAAGAAGCAGCUCGAGGAGAUCCGCGAGCAGGAGGAGAAGGAGGCGCGCGAGGAGGAGCGACGGAGGAACAAGUCGAACGGCGUGGCGGGCUUCUACAGGGACAUGCUGGCGAGCAACGACCGGGCGCACGAGGCAGCCGUGGCCGCCACGAUGGUCGAGGAUGUUGCAGCCACAGUAGAGACGCAGCAACAAGCAAGGGCAGAAGUCAGGGAGGAAGACCAGCAGGAAAAGGAUAGGAUUAAGCAGGCUGUGGCGAGGGGGUCCGAUGUCCGGCUCAACGACGACAACGAGGUGGUGGACGAGCGGAGUCUGCUGAGCGCGGGCCUCAAUGUACUCUCCAAGAAGAAGAAGGGGGAGGACGAGUCGAGGCGAGAGGCAGCACUGGAUUCGAAGCAGUCGAGCAAGACUGCGGGCUCGUCGCAGCGAGACGGCGCCAGAGAGGCGAGGGAGGCGCGAGAGGCACAGCGAGCACGGCAGAGCAAGCUCAUCGAAGCACAGGUGCUCGAGAUGGAGCAGCGCAAGCGCGACGAGGCUGCGAAGGAGCUCGAGCAGCACAAGAAGCGUGCCGUCGGCGAGCGGCGCAACGAUGCAGCGAGCGUGGCCAGUGCCAGGGAGCGCGCCCUGGCACGCAAGCGGCAGCGAAUGGCUUGA